AUGCCCAACGAGACCUCCUUCAGCAAGCCGUCGGCUUCGUCGGAGCAUCACGCCCAGGGGACCAAAACGGGCCCUUUUGGGAAAGCUGCCGGGCUGGCGGCCGCCGGAGGUGGCGGCAACUCCGGGGGUUUAACCCAGGGCCCUGCUGGGGCCGCCACCGCCGCGGGGAAAAAGUCCCCGCGGCUCCCCAAGUGCGCCCGCUGUAGGAACCACGGCUACUCCUCGCCUCUGAAGGGCCACAAGCGGUUCUGCAUGUGGAGAGAUUGCCAGUGUAAAAAAUGCAGCUUGAUCGCCGAGAGGCAACGGGUGAUGGCCGCCCAGGUUGCAUUGAGAAGACAACAAGCCCAAGAGGAAGAGCUGGGGAUUAGCCACCCCAUCCCAUUGCCUAGCGCCACAGAAAUGUACGUGAAGAAAGAAAACAACGCUAACAGUUCCUGCUUGUUGGAAAGCACCAGCCCACCCCAGUCAACAACCACAGCAACUGUAGUGUCUACCUCAUCCACAGAAGGACGGAUGCUGAUUCAAGACAUUCCUUCCCUGGCCAGCAGAGGGCAUCUGGAGAGCACAUCUGACUUAGUUAUGGACCCCACCUACUACAGCAGUUUAUACCAGCCAUCCCUGUAUCCUUAUUACAACAACCUGUAUAAUUAUUCUCAGUAUCAAAUGGCUGUGGCCACCGAAACCACCUCUGGUGAUAUGGGAAGCCCAUUGACCGGGUCACCUGUUAAGAACAGCCUCCGAAGCCUCCCAACAACUUACAUGUCAAGCCAGUCGGGAAACCAAUGGCAGUAUUUUCACCACCCAGUAGUCAAGAUUCUGGCUUGGUUUCCCUUUCCAGCAGCUCUCCCAUCAGCAAUGAAAGUACCAAGGCUGUGCUGGAGUGCGAAUCCGCCUCUGACUCCAGCACCUUUCCAGUUCAUUCUGUUAUGGAAGAUGGCGAAUAAGCAGGAUGGAAAAAAUAAAAGUCCUGGUGUGGAUUCCCUUGAAGAAGUGCCUUCCUGUUAA